AUGGGGAAACCUUUGUCUGCCAGGCAAGAUCUUUUGGUGAUCUGCUUUCCUACUGCACCCAUUGAGUUAAAAGAGCCGAGAAGUGUUGGCAAAGAUGACAUCAGACCAGGACUCAUGUUUUCCCAUUCUUCUAAACGGCAAGCAGAGAUGGAGAAAAAGAAGAAAAUUAAGGAUGUUAAACAGCAAACAAAAUUUAAGACCAUGAAAGAGGUGCAGAAGGAACGAUUAGAGGAAGGUCUCAGCACUGCCAUUAGCUCUUCGAAUAAAGGCUUCUCAAUGCUUCAGAAAAUGGGGUACAAACCUGGAACAAGCCUUGGAAAGCAGAAGUCUUCCCAAGUCAUGCCAGUCAUCUUAGAGUGGUAAAGUGUGUUAAUAUUUUAGGAUAGAAAAAAAAAUCUUGUCCUGCUUGAUAUCUUCAAGGUUAUACUGUACUGUACUGUAUACAGUGCUAUUAGAAAUACUGAAUGAUCUGCAUCACAUCUGCUCUGGAAUUAUCUCAGGAGAUCUUGCUACAGUACAGUGUAUUAUAUUAUGACGAUAUGUUUUUUUAAUGGAAAAUGGCUUUCGAAUACAAUAGAUCU